AUCGCAGUGGUCAAAUUGAGCACGGGCUGACUCCACUUGCUCCUGAGAACGACCUGGCUGACAGUAGGUUUUUUCCAUGAAUGCAGUCGCUGUUUCUUUUUGUGUUCUUUGUAUUAAACAAGCCAUCGCUGCUUUCUUUAACUGCUUUAAAAGACCGGAAGUGGAAAAACUAGCCUUGAUUUACACGGGCUCAGCAGGAGAAGCGAAAGUGACCACCACUACCAGUACUGCAGCAGCAGCUGAUCUCGUGUCUGUUUUCAAAGGAACGCCCAUGGUCAUGUCCAAGGCUGCCCGAACCGCAGCAGAUGCCUUAACCGCCGUAUUUAUCGUGGUUGACGAUAUUAUGCCAGUCAUGCCACGUGGUCCACAUUUGCAAAGAAACCGGAACGACACCAACUGUAGCCGCCAAUGUGGCAAGAAGUCGGGUCGUUUUCAAUAUAGCUUACAUAAGGCUUCCACGUCUCUUUCAAACGCCAUAAUUCUGUCUGUCUCUCAGAAGAAAAUAGGUAUGUCAGAAUUCAUACAUCAAUCGGCGAUGGAGUGCAUUGACGAAAGAUCUUCAAGUGUAAUAGCAAAUAAUCCAGAAAAAAUAAUAUCCGACAAUGGCGAACGAUCUGCGUUUGUUCUGAUGUUCUGCGUCUGGAAUGUUUUGAUAAAAAAUCCAAUCAAAAAAAUAUGCGGACAGUUCAAAGAGGUGAUGGGUCAAGUUACCCUCGAGCCUAUGCUUUUAGUUAAAAUGGUGUCGGAGGGAAACGUUGUAGUGAUUAUCGAUACACUACAACUAGACCGGGUUUGUCGUGUUAAUUUUAACUUUAGUGAAGCAGACUGUAUGGCAAUGGACGACGGAAAUCACUCACACAUUCAAGAAACGGUGCAGGUAUACCAGAAUAACUUUAGCUUUUAUCAAGGAUUUCUGGCAAGUACUUUGCCAGUUUUGAUUGUUCUCUUUGCUGGAUCAUUUAGUGAUCAAUACGGUAGGAAACUGCCGAUGAUCAUCUCUUUGUCCGGAUAUGUGAUUUUCGCUUUAAUUUACAUCGUCACGAUCUUCAAUCCAUCGUGGCCAGUGGAAGUUCUCUACGCAGGCUCGAUAGCCAUCAACUUGUGCGGAAGUUGGGUCGUUUUCAAUAUGGCAGUCUACAGCUAUUUAGCCGACAUUACUGCAAUAGAGAAACGUACAAAACGAAUGGGCUGGAUGGACGCUAUUUGGUAUAUGGGAGGGCCAAUUGGAACCGUAAUGGGUGUAUGGCUAUACCGAGCAUAUGGCUACAUGGCUGUAUUCUCAGUCUCAGCCAUUUUGUGGUCCAUAUGCAUAGCCUACACCGCCAUUUUUGUCAAAGAAAGCGUUGUCCAACCCACAAAAGCAACAAAAAAGGGAAAGCCAUUUGAAUUUGUUAUCGAUUUAGGCCGAGCAGCUUUCAAACGAUAUCCCAAUCGCGGUAGACUUCAUUUGUUUUUGCUGAUGGCCAUUAAAUUGGGUGUUUAUCUUGUCCAAGGGCAUCAGGUUUAUUUAUGGGCACGACGUGUGCUCGGAUGGGAUGUCACCCAGUAUUCGAACUGGUCAGGCGCAAAUGAAGCUGUACGUCCAGUUGGUAUGGUUAUAUUACUCGGACUGGCAUCAAGUUACGAGCUGUCGGAUUACACUGUCGCAAUCUUUGGAUUGGUAUCCAUUGCUCUUUGGAACAUGAUGUCAAUCUUCAUCACCGGCCCAUCUUUGUGGUGGGUAGUUAUCAUCACUACUUUAGUAGGAGCCUUCAAGGCCAGCAUCGACCCAGCUCUUCGCGCUCUGAUAACAAGCAUCCCGGACAAAAGCGACGUUGGUAAAAUAUUAGGGUUUCUUGGGCUGUUGGAAUCCAUUUGGUUUACUGUAGAUAGGUCUAUCUUCACGCACCUAUACAACGCUUUAAUUGAAACUUUCCCCCAGAUCAAUUUUGUAGUAGGAAGUGCCUUUGCCGUCGUGUUGAUCUCGGCCCUAUUUCUGUUAAAAAGAGACUGGGAAAAACGAAGGAAUCCAAAUACAAAGGUGAUUCCAGAUCAUACAAGUGAUGCAACAUAGGAGUGGCUUCGAAGAUAAAUGAAAUAAAUGAAAACACUUGAUGAAUUCGACGCCUCCCCUCUCUCACAAACUCAACUUCAUUGUGGUCAAAAUAUUUUAGUAUAGACCAAAUUUGUCUUUGUUUAGUUGCAGUUUAAACCCCUUUGAAGAAUCGUAUAAUAAAAAAGAGUUUGUGUUAUGACUUUCCCGUCCAAUGAAUU